AUGGAGCUUGAGAAUGAGGAAAACCAUAGACAGGCUAAACGCCAGAUUGAACGUGAAAAAGGCCGCAGAGAAGUAGUUGCAGAUAUGUCAGAAGACUUAUCAGAAGGGGAAAAAGGAGAAAACAUCAAUGAUGUAUCUGUUCAUAUAAUCCGUAUUCCAUUUGGUCCAAAAGACAUAUAUGUCCCUAAAGAGCUUCUAUGGCCACAUGUCCCUGAAUUUGUUGAUGGAGCACUUGGACACGUCAUCCAAAUGUCCAAAGUUUUGGCUGCCAGACUGUCAGGUGCUCUAAAUGUUCCCAUGCCUUUUACUGGUCAUUCACUUGGAAGAGAUAAGUUGGAGCAGCUUUUGAGACAGGGGAGAUUGACAAAACAUGAAAUCAAUGCUACUUAUAAGAUCAUGAGAAGAAUUGAAGGUGAAGAGAAUAGUCUUGAUGCCUCUGACAUUGUUAUCAGUAGGACUAGACAAGAAAUAGAACAAUGGAGAUUAUAUGACGGUUUUGACCCUGUGCUUGAAAAGAUACUUAGAGCUAGGAUAAGGCGGAAUGUUAGCUGUUAUGGAAGGUUCAUGCCUCGUAUGGUUGCAACCUAUCAGCCGUCUUUUGUCAUUCUAUCUUCACGGAACAAAUUGAUUUGA